CCCAACUACCAGGGCAACCAGUACCUACUGCGGCGCGGGGAAUACCCCGACUACCAGCAGUGGAUGGGCCUCAGCGACUCCAUCAGCUCCUGUCGCCUCAUCCCCCCAAGCUCCCACCGGAUACUGCUAUAUGAGAGGGAAGACCACAAGGGCCUCAUGGUGGAGCUAACCGAGGACUGCUCCUGCAUACAGGACCGUUUCCACCUCAAUGAGUUUCCCUCCCUCCAUGUGCUGGAGGGCUGCUGGGUCCUCUAUGAGAUGCCCAACUACAGGGGACGGCAGUAUCUACUGCGGCCCCAAGAGUACAGGCACUACCAGGACUGGGGAGCCGUGGACGCUAAGGCAGGCUCUUUGAGAAGGGUGGUGGAUUUAUACUAAAAUAGGUUAACACUUCCAUUUUCUCAUUUUGGAACCUAAUAAAGUAUUUAGUCUGUAUUGUCGGCAA